GUAGCUUUAAACGCUGGUGAAGCUGAUGGAGAAGGUUGGAGAUUUUAUUAGAAUCGGAGAAGCAAAAACUGAGGAAACAUGGCGGCAAACGCUAAAACUGGAAAGCCAGGGAAACCUGGAAAGGAAUCCCAACCUCUGAUAAUAGCUAAAACUCCUGCAGAGGAACAACGUCUGAAAUUGGAAAGACUGAUGCGCAAUCCUGAUAAACCUGCACCUAUCCCAGAGAGGCCAAAAGACUGGAAUCCUCGCGCUCCUCCAGAAUUUGUUCGGGAUGUGAUGGGCUCCAGCGCAGGCGCGGGCAGUGGAGAGUUUCAUGUGUACAGACAUUUGCGCCGAAGAGAAUACCAGAGACAAGAUCACCUGGACCGAAUGUCCGACAGGCAAAAACUGGAUGAUGAUUAUCUGGACAAAGUAAAGGAAAACCAACAAGCUGCAGUGGACAGAACGUCUAAGCGCAGGAAGAAAAGGGAAAAGCUUAAACAGAAGAAACAGAUGGCAAAGAAAGCUAAACAAGACAAAACUGAAGGUUCAGAGGACGACUCCUCCUCCAGUGACAAUGAAGCGGAAGUGGAGGAGGCAGAUGAUGAUGCAGAAGUUCCCAGCUUUGUCAUGGGGAAGAAGUGAUUCUCCCAGACCACCAACCUGCAACCUCAGCAAAGCCCUUUCCAUAUCCUAAAGAGACAUCCCCAACCAGAGUCACCCAGGACCAUCAAUUCCCUUUUUUGUCCCUCUUGUGAGGGAAGCUUGUAUUGAACACCUGCUGGACUUUUGGUGGAGCUGUGGUGUGGAAUGCAGGCCUGGUGCAUUUUUUUUUUUUUUUAAAACUACACAUUUCUUUAUUUAGCCUGGAUUACAGAUACAUUGAUGCAGAGGUUGAAUGAAUGAAAUGCUUAGGUGUUACUCCCUUUUUGAUUUGUACUUUUAUAGUAAUUGUGUGUAUAUAUUUGUUUUAAUAAAAAAUGUACAGACAAA